GUGUGCUAACGAAAUUCCACUGGGCGUCAAGCUUGCUGUGGACGCCUCUUCUGGUUGGUAUUGUGAGCGUGCGGAUGGCCUGCAUGGGGUCCGUUUCCGCUCCGCCAGGGGCAAUUCAAACCUCGCAAGGAUCAAAACGCCACCAAGCCUGUAAAACCCCUUUAAAGAGCGAGACCCGACAGUUGUCUCGGAAUAAAGCGGCGUUGCGCCCUUUCGUUCGUUCAUCUACCGGUCGAUCUCUUGGCGGCCGCCGUGCUAUCCUGGCCUUGGUGUCAGCCGUCCACGUGGACCUGGUGGAAGGCAAAUGGCUGAUUGAGUUUCCGCCGAGGUUCAGGUGUAUAUGGAACGACCUGCCGCACGGCCUGCAGUUCGCGAUACUCUUUCUGAUGCUGGGGGUCCUGUACGGAGUCAAUCGACUCUUCGACAAAGCCGACCAGGCUAUGCACACUCGCCUGACCUGCGCCACAGCAAGGCUACUGAACGAGAGGAGGCACCACCACGCUCCCCGACUAUUCUAGCCGAACAAGAAGCCGAGUCCACGAGAGACGAAACAAAUGUCUGCGAAGGAUUCGGAUGUGGAUAGGAGCCCGCGUCCGCAUUAACAAUCGCUGUCAUCAGCGCACGGCGAUCGCCCUUCUCGGUUGAGCCGAACAUUGUCGUCGAGAAUACGACGCUAUCAGCUUCAUCGUUGAACGGCCUUUGGCUUCGUCGGCAACCAGCGGCCCGAUUCUUGCCGUCUGAGAGUGAAAGUAUAUGCGUGGGGGCAUUUCUGCACUUUCGGUGUUCCUAUUGCACCCACGGAGAACAAGUCGAAGUGGAGGAAGUGGGGCCCUCCACAGCCAUCUGCAGCCUCAUGUGCACCAUCACCGUGUGGACAUUGGAGACAAGACGCCCCUUUGCGUGUGCGUGGUGAGGGCGCGCGCACGCGAUAAUUCUGUUUUUCCAUGAUUUUGCCAGUAGAGAGAAGUCAACACUUGUGUGUUUGUGUGCAUUCUUGUCAGAGGUGUGCUCCAUCGAGGUUCCUGUGGUUGUUCUCAGAAGUAGACUGACACAGCUGGUGGUGGAUGCAGAAGUAGGACCCGCACGGGAAAACGAAUAAAUUAUGUGAACAUAAACGUAUGGACGCAUGCCAGGAACCCCCCUAAGGACAGAUUCAAUCAGAGGGCUGAGUCCUUGAAUGGUGGACCCUUAAGAUGGCGGGCGCUUGAGCUGGUGAGCCCUUAAGCUGGUGAGCCCUUAGUUCGCUACAUGGGGUUUCAUUGGAUUUCAUGCGGUUUCUUCUUGUCUCUCCUGCUUAACAUUUGUCUUAGCAUCGCGUGUCGAUUUGCUUCAUUUUCAUAUUUUAUGUUUUCCCGUGUCUCGUCUUGUGUGUAAGUCCGUGACCACGGAAGGUGCGUCCGCGUCAGGGUUGGGACCAAGUACGGACGUUAGAAGGUACUCGGAGUCUUACGUACCACUCAUUGCCGUGGUACGAUAUUCUUUGCUUUGUUUAGGGAACAUGGAAUUUCUAGCUUUCUGGUGGCGUAGAUGGCAAGGACGCCGGGAAAAGCUGGCCCUCGUACAUAGUGUCAGUGCGGAUGACGGCUCGGUUGGCUCAGGUUUUGCUCUACCCCAAGUCUUCGAUGAAAGGCAAGGACCUUCGGUCGCGGUCACGUCGGUUCACAAUAUUUUGAACAUGUGUCACCGCGUCUGCAGUUCUACGGUGAAAAUCGAGAACGAGAGGGCGGGUGUGUAGGUAGUGCUUUUCUUAUUGUGAUAUUAUCAUCGAUCUAAUUCCCUAUGGCCGGUUUGGCGCUUUGCCAAGGUACACACUCCCACGUAGUGUGAAGGACGUUUAACCGUGUCAUGGGUGGACCAGAGUAAAGAUGAGAUGAGGGAGUGAAGGUCGCUCAUGUCAUUGCCCAUGACAAGUGAAACGGCUUUCUUGCAUGUAUUCGUAGAUUAGGGUGAAAGUUUUUUGGGAAUUUGCCCACCAGUUAAUGUUGACGGAAAAAUGAGUGAUUUGCUUGAAUCAUGGCCCGCUGGAGAAAACCUUCCUUUCGAUUGGAGGUUCUUGUUUUUUCCCGGCGUGUAGGGGAACCAAGUUGGUUGGGUCAACAGUUAUGUAUCUAAGGGCGCAAGGGCCCGGCGGUUGGUCAAGGGCCACAGCAGUAGCAGUAGUCUAGUUCAUUGAAUUGUUGGGUAGUGUCCACAGCGCGGUCGAAAGUGAUUGCUGUUCUCCGUGCCAUUUUGUUAGGUGAAUGAUAAUGAUUGGUGGGUAAUGGAGAUGAGAUCGUAUUCUUUGGCACACGAAAAGAUGCGUCCCAUGAGCUGCAGCUGGUACUGGCAUGGCAGCUUACCUACCUACCUUUCGAGCUUGAGAUAGGUGUGCAUCACGAGGACGUUAAUAUGACAUGUGCCGUUUAUCUGUAGUUUCUGAAUUGCUCACCCGCGCGAGUGCAGAAGUAUCCAGAUGCAAAUGCAUGGCAAUGCUUGGCUUUGACACAUUUGGGGGUGGUUGGGGGAGUGCACCGUGAACAGGUUCAGCAUACCGUAUGACACCAGAUAACACACCCCCUGGACCGAUUUUUAAAGCUCGAUUGCUCCACGACAAAGAGGAUGCAUAAACGAAACGAUACCUUUCCGAAAAGCUUUCGACGAGACGAUUUCAACGCCGCCGUUUUCGGCGCUGUGACUGCUUCGGCAGUUGAGAAAUCGAGCUUCGAAAAUCAGUCAAGGGGGUGUGUUGUCUCGUGUCAUAUACGGUACGCCAAGCGAUCCCGACGACAAGCUCAUACCCUAAGCCUUCAUUGGCACCGUUCGUGGUCGAGUGUACUGACUGGUUUGUUUGUUCUCUCUCAAUCUCCCAAUCGGUGCUCGAUCUCUUGCUCAUUGUCACGUCGGUCCCGUCGUUUCGCAAACUAGCUAAAUCGGUAUUUUUGCACGGGAGCACAGGAGGGACAUGGAGGAGAUACUCGUGCAUAUCGGUAAGCGUCAGGGGGAGAAAGAAACAUGUCGGGAAGAAACGAGAGAUUCGUGUAUUUUUGGUACCCUACAUCGAAACGCAUACAAUGUACAUUGCUUUUUUGUCCGAUCGCGGCGAGGGCAAGCUUUGUAAACUGUUGUCGAACCAUUGGAAACGAGAAGCGGAUCCCUUUCCUGUGUUCACU